CCAGCCUGUAUGCGGUCACGCCCCCGUGUCUGAAUGCUCAUCGCUGUGUCGCCUUCCUUGGUACAGGAGCCUGUGUCCCCCGAGCGCUCAUGAUGAAGCAGCAUCUGGCUCUGAUCGGCCUGGCCUUCCUGUGGCUGCUUCCGGGGGGACACCCUCAGCAGACAGCGGAGGACGCCUGCUCCCUGCAUAUUCUCGUCCCAGGCCUCAAAGGGGAUGCUGGAGAGAAGGGAGACAAAGGUGCACCCGGACGGCCUGGAAGAGUCGGCCCCACAGGAGAGAAAGGAGACAUGGGUGACAAAGGACAGAAGGGCAGUGUGGGUCGCCAUGGAAAAAUUGGUCCCAUUGGUUCUAAAGGUGAAAAAGGAGAUUCUGGUGACAUGGGACCCCCUGGCCCUAAUGGAGAACCAGGCAUCCCGUGUGAGUGCGGCCAGCUGAGGAAGGCCAUCGGCGAGAUGGACAACCAGGUCACGCAGCUGACGACCGAACUAAAAUUCAUAAAAAAUGCUGUCGCCGGCGUGCGCGAGACGGACAGUAAGAUCUACCUGCUGGUGAAGGAGGAGAAGAGGUACGUGGACGCGCAGCUGUCCUGCCAGGGCCGCGGGGGCACGCUGGGCAUGCCCAAGGACGAGGCCGCCAACGGCCUGAUGGCCGCCUACAUCGCGCAGGCCGGCCUGGCCCGCGUCUUCAUCGGCAUCAACGACCUGGAGAGGGAGGGCACGUUCGUGUACUCGGACCGCUCGCCCAUGCAGACGUUCAACAAGUGGCGCAGCGGCGAGCCUAACAACGCCUAUGACGAGGAGGACUGUGUGGAGAUGGUGGCCUCGGGCGGCUGGAACGACGUGGCCUGCCAUGUCACCAUGCACUUCCUGUGCGAGUUCGAUAAGGAGCACGUGUGA